AGAACACCAACGAGGGUCUUCGUAGAAACCCCGCCGUAUCCCUCUUUUCCCAACGUAUAUUGAUAAUCCAUAUCUAGUAUCAAUUCUUCCCCAACACAGACUGAUAGCGAGGGAAACGUCCCGGGCUUUCAUCCGCAGCGCGUUGACAUUGCAACGAAGAGUUACACGCGUGGAGCGUAGCCCUGUUUCCGUAUUGCCACUGGCGUAGUCUGCGAUGAACGGAAUUCAGUGCCCUUUGACGCGAGAUAUCUCUGAAGAGGGCGUUGAGCUCUUGGUCGCUGAGGUCGUAUAUUGGGUGACAAUGGUAUCGCGAUCGAUGCGACGGACAUCACUGCGCUUGCACUUGGAUUCUAGUACAGUGGAAAUGCUCAGGACGGUGGUAGCUCGGGUCGCGCCCGGCGUAGUAGAUGACGAUGUUGUCGCCUCGCUCAAUUUGACGAGCAUGUUGAUGAUGUUGGCACGGGAAGGAGCUGACGGAUCGUCAUGGAAGGGAUUCGAGCGCCGAGGAGACGUCGCGCUAGGUUCUGUGCCGUGCGGAUACGAUGUUUGGGACGAGUUCUUCUUCGAGACAGGUCUGGGUUCAGGUACUAUGGGCCGUAUUUCAGAGGUCCUAGCAGCCGUAGCUUGGGGAAAGAUUGCUGUCUUCGAUCGGGGGUUUUUCGUUGAUGAUGCGAUUCGACUCGUAUGCAUCGAUGCCACUGAGAACGUCCCAAAAGCGAGAUGCGUCAACCUGGUUUCGGUCUAUGAACGUCGGGAUGAGCGAGGGUCGAUGUCGCGACGGCGCUACGGAACCGUCCCCGUAGAGAUUUGGCGUGCCCCAGGCUUCUUGCAGAGUCGACGCUUUGAGACGAGGACAUCCCGAACUUCGGUGCGGGCCGUUUCUCGACUUCCAUUAAAGGACCUGUUUUCCACCGCGAAGCUCGGGAUCUACGAGUAG